AUGUCUCGUAUCCAUCGUGGUCGUAGAACUUUUUGCUGAGUGCCCGUCACAACAAUCUUUGUAAAGCGUUUGUGUCAAUGCAUGACAUUCCGAUUGCAGACAUUGGAUUCGAUUUGACUCCCUUGGUAGGCAAAGGAUACAGCGUAGGCGUGCUGCGCCAGGCAGAGAUGGCAUGGUGGUUUCUGUUUGACUGCCUGAGAAAGACUCCCUCAAAACCAUGGCUAGGCAUGCUGGAUCCCCCAGCAAGGCAUUUCGAGUGUUGGAUCACUUUCUUCCUUUGAGUCAGAGUCAGAUCCGUAUACAAGAAGAGAAACUCAAGUCGCUGCACAUGCGCCCGAAUGAGAAUCCCUCGACCUUCUUCGCGUCUAUAAGAGAGACUCUUUUGGAGUUGUGCAGAUGCUAGAAGUUAAGAAGGAUGACAGGGAGGUGUGCACCCUGAUGCUCGAGGGACUAUCCCAAGAGUUUAAGACUUUGCGUGAGACUGGCAGUGUUUUGCCCAAACGACCCUGUGUUCAUCGACACGAAAGUACGCGAGAGAUACCUUGACUUGCAGAUACAAGUGAAUGCGAAGAAGCACAGUGUUGCUCUUGCGUCUAGGGGAGAAAAGAAGAGUAGCAAGAAAUCAAACCACUCCAAGUCGAAAACUAACUCUGGAUCUGAUUCGUCCAAGAAGAAGUUCCAGGGGACGUGUUUCAAGUGUGGGGAGAAGGGCCACAUGAGAUCGGACUGCGUGGCUCGUGUGAUCCCUCAUCCCUCCCAGACUGGGAAAUCCAAGGAGGAUGAGGAUGAGAGCGGUGAGAAUUCUAACUUUAUGUUGCGAAGUCAUGGAAGAUUUGGCAUGCUAAGAAAUCAUUAAAGGUUUCGACAAUCGAAGUCUAGCUUCGUGAUCCCAUCUCAUGACAAUCUGCCAAAAUCGUAUGGUGCGCGUAUGAAGGCAUUUUACAACGAAGUGAUGAGAGAGAACUCGCGUAGAGACGGUGCUUUUCGCAAAUAUUUUUCUAUUGCUAGGAAGGACAGUCGCAUCGAAGAUUGGUAUACGGAUACGGGUACAGCUUUCCACAUGACAGACCGUCUCUCUUGCAUGAAGAAUCUGAAGCCUUGCGAUAAGAAUAUAGAAGGGAUUGGUGGCGUGACUUGUG